GAGCGAGUGAGAGGGGAGGGGGAGAGAAGCGCAAGGACGGAGCAGCUUUGAUUCCUCUCAUUUUUGCUGGGUGACCACUGCACUGUCAGUGCUCUCAGGAAGAGGGGAUCCCCUCUUUAUCCACUGCAACCAUCUCGACCGCUCUUACACAAAACAUUAAGCUCCAGGGCAGUGGUCCUCGCUCACCUCCUGCUCCCUUUUUGAAGAAGCCCACGGGUGCUCUGCAAUCUGCCAACCCUUCACUUUGCUGGCUGUGAUGGGACCCUGCACGUGCUGACAGCCUUGAGCGCACGGACCCUACCUCUUGUCAGGAGUGCAGCGGAGUCAUGUCGUCCCUCUACUCCCGGACCAAAGACCUCUCCCGUGCCAGGAAGUCUCUGUCCGACUCGCCACCUUCCUCACCUUCUCUCACCACUAGAACUUCCAGACAUGACAGAGCAUCUAGGUUGGAUUCUGGGUCUGGGUCCAGUUCCACAGAAAGUGCUGCAGACCGAGUGCUUGGCCGCACCGGUUCUUACACACGUCGAGAAAACCGUCUAGCAUCCCUCAGCAAGACAGAUGACGAAGGCAGCUCAAAGGAGUACAAGAAGAUGUAUGAGGAUGCUCUGGCUGAGAAUGAGAAGCUGAAGUCUCGGUUGGAGGACAGCAAGCAGGAGUUGGCCAAGAUUCGCAUGCAGCUGGAGAAAGUCACACAGAAACAUGACAGGAUAUCAGAAAGAUCCAGCGUGCUUGAGACGGAGAAGAGGGAGAAACGGAUCCUGGAGAAAAAAGUCUCUGCCAUGGAGGAAGAACUCAAGGUACUAACAGAGCUCAAAUCGGACAACCAGAGGCUGAAGGAUGAGAAUGGAGCCUUGAUCAGAGUCAUCAGCAAGCUGUCCAAGUGAAAGAGGAACCCAGAGCAUGACAAACGUCACUCCUCAUCCCCCAUCACGCGCACAAUGCCUCCAACCAAGGUUCCUCCUCAUCCGUUUCCGUGCACCUCCCACAGUUACCUGCAUCAUGCCUUCACCCGUAUGAGUGGGCAGUGGAACGAGGGGGAUGUACAAGAACUGAACGCUGGACCUUAGGAUGACAUCCUUUGCUGGAAGGAGUGGAGAUUCCACUUUUGCCCUCCUGUCUGAGUUGAGACACCUUCAGUUUAUUUGCUUAAUGCCAAAGAUGCACAUAUGCAGCCUGCACGCAUGCACAUGCAUGCUUUUCUGUGUGUGAUGCUACAUUUAAUUUAUGCAACUCCUUGAAGACAUACUUGCACAGCAGGGUAUGUCCUAUGGUAGAACCAU